AUGGGGAAUAUUUGUAUAAAUAAAUAAGAAAAUUAGAGAGCAAAAAUUAUUAAAAUAAAUGGAUAUCCUCGCUUGAAUUGUCCAAACAAAAUGAUUUUAGUACCAAGUAUUUAAAAUUUAUCAUAAAAUUUGGAUACUUUUGAAGAAGACUUUUAUAAAAGCGAGUUUAUUUUAGAUUUCUAACUUGAUAAUUAAAGAAAUCAGAGCACAAGAAAAGUUCAUUUAGGCUCAACAAUUGAAGAAAUUAAUCGAUUAAACUUAAUUUAAUGUCCUUCUUUAUGUCACAUAGAUGAAAACAAUGAUAUACAUUAGAAUAAUCCAUCAAAAUUGAUACCUAACCAUUAGAAAAACUAUAAUAAUGUUAUCUUAAGAGGUCAGAAACAAAAUUAAUUAAAAAAAAGAAAUAAAAAGGUUUCACUGUAAAAAUUAGAAUAACCAAAAAGUAUUCUCAAAUCUCACACAAAAUAAAACCAUACAUCCUAUAGUAGCUUCUAUGAUAAUAAAAGUUCACAUACUGUAACUUUCAGCCUUGCCUCUUGCAAAUCAAGAAAUUCAAGAUCAUUAUCACCAUUAAUAAAUGCUUUAUAAAUGAAUAAGCAACCUGAAGAAAGCAAAAGCAUGUCUUAUUUAUUAUAAUUUCCUUACUUGUGA